CGGCGGGCGGUGAGGGGCCGGGGGGGCUGCCCCGGGCGGUGAGAGGCGCCGGGGGGAGCUGCCCCGGGUCCCGCCGCGGCCGCCAUGACCUACACGGCGGAGCAGCUGGACGGCGUGCGGCGCAUCAAGCGGUGUCGGAACUACUACGAGAUUCUGGGGGUUGCGAGGGACGCCAGCGAGGAGGAGCUGAAGAAAGCCUACCGCAAGCUGGCCCUGAAAUUCCACCCGGACAAGAACCGCGCUCCCGGCGCCACCGAGGCGUUCAAAGCCAUAGGCAAUGCCUUUGCAGUUCUGAGCAACCCGGAGAAGCGGCUGCGGUACGACGAGUUCGGCAGCCAGCAGGAGCACCUCAGCCCCGGCCCAGCCAGGCACUAUGACUACUACACUGAGUUUGAAGCAGACAUUACACCAGAAGAAAUAUUCAAUGUCUUUUUUGGGGGCCACUUCCCUACAGGAAAUAUCCACAUGUUCUCAAAUGUAGCCAGAGACUCUCACUACUACCCACGGAGGCACCGGAAUGAAAGAGCCUGGACACAGGAGCAAGAGGAGGAAGAAAACAGGCCACAGAACUCAUACUCUGCAUUUCUUCAGCUGAUGCCUGUUUUCAUCAUCAUCGUCGUGUCGGUUAUAACUCAGCUGAUGGCUACCAACCCACCCUACAGCCUCUUCUACAAAUCGUCCAUCGGCCACGUCGUCAGCAGAGAAACAGAGAACUUGCAGGUGCCUUACUACGUUGAUGCAAACUUUGAAAGGAACUAUCAAGGAGCAGAGCUUCAGGAGCUGGAGAAAACAGUUGAAAAAGAUUACAUAGACUACAUUCAGACCAGCUGCUGGAAGGAGAAGCAGCAGAAGUCUGAUUUGUCCAACUUGGCCAAGCUGUACAGGGACGAGCGGUUAAAGCAGAAAGCAGAAUCCCUGAAACUUGAGCACUGUGAGAAGCUCUCCAGUCUGAUUGGAAUGCACAAAGGGGGCUGAGCAGGACAGACAUGUUCUGUACUCUUUAUUUAUUGCUGGUUUCAUUUAAGUUUGUGUUUCUUUUUCCUUUGUCUCAAAAGGGAAGGAGUCUGUCACAAAGAACCUGAAAGAUUUGGUUCCUUCUGCGUGUAGUGCAGAGAUGGACCCAGCUGAGCUGUAGAGCUGGUGCCUGUUGUAACAUAGACACUAGAUUGGGUUCCAAGGACCAGUGGCACUUUGGAAAUGGAUCCCCUGGGGAACACCCUUAGUUUGGAAGCUGUCUUCAUCACUAGUCUCUCUGCCACCCAGGCUUCCCAGGAGAGCAGCCCAGCAUCUUCGCUUCCUGUGUUUGACAAGGACCUGCAGCUCACUCCCCCCUCCCAGCAGCACAGCUCUCGCCACGAACUGCAGCAGCCUUCUCAUGCUGAUGCCACCUGGACAGCCUUGCUUCUGCAGGGGGUUGUCACCAGAGAUGCUUCCUCUGCCAGUGCAGCCUUUAAGGUGGAAGAGUCAAGUACCCGCUGCAGGUGAGCACCCAAGCAGGCUCCCAGCUCUGCUUGCUGCCACGGAUGUAACCCUGGCCCUGGCUGAUUGAGUGCCUCAGAGUGUAGCCACUUGAGGGCCAUGGGACAUAAUCCUGACCUUGUCUGACUAAAGGACCAUGGAAUGUUAACCACUGGAGGGCCAUGGGACACAAUCCCAUCCUUUUUUGACUGAAGGGCCAUGGAAUGUUAACCACUGGACAGCCAUGAGGUGCAAUCCAUCCUGGUCUGACUCGAGGGCCAUGGGAUGCAGUCCCAUCCUUUUUUGACUGGAGGGCCAUGGAAUGUUCACUAUUGGAGGGCCAUGGAGUGCAGUCCCACCCUUGUCUGUCUAGAGGGCCAUGGGAUGUUAACUACUAGAGGGCCAUGGGGUACAAUCUCACCCUUGUCUGGCUGUAGGGACAUGGAGUGCAAUCCCACUCUUGUCUGGCCAGAGGGCCAUGGGAUGUUAACUACUGGAGGGCUGUGGGAUGUAAUUCAUCCUUGUCUGGCUGGAGGGCCAUGGAGUGCAAUCCCACCCUUGUCUGUCUGGAAGGCCAUGGGCUGUUAACCACUGGAGGGCCAUGGGAUGCAAUCCCACCCUUGUCUGGCUGGAAGGCCAUGGACUGUUAGCCACUAGAGGCCCAUAGGAUGUUAACCACUGGAGGGCCAUGGGGUGCAGUCCAUCCUUGUCUGGCUGGAGGCCCAUGGGCUGUUAACCACUGGAGGGCCAUGGAGUGCAUUCCCAUCUUUGUCAACUGGGGAGCCAUGGGAUGCAGCCAUGCCCUUAUCUGACUUUGAGCUAUGGGUCUAAGCCCAUGCUUGUCUGGCUGAGGACCAUGGGAUGUAAUCUUGCCCUUGUCUGACUUGGAACCAUGGGAUUUAACCCCACCUCUGUCUGACUGAAGGCCAUGGUUAGACAACAGGCUGAGAUGCCACCAGCAAGGCAGCAGACAAGAAGCUGAGAGCCUGUGAGUUGCAGCAUCCCCAGUGUCUGCCAAGCUGUAGAGAAAGGACAGCUGUGUUUAUUACAUUCUUUCCUCAUGGGCAUAUUUUUCAGCUGGCUGUUUGAUUAUUUUUGUCCACCUGCAGCCUCUUCUCCAGCUGUUACAGGGGUCCUGCUAUGUUGUUUUUUUUCCUGGUACAGUUUUGAUGUAGCACAUUUUUACUCUGCUGAGCAGUUAUGAAUGUUUCAAUGUUAGUACUGCAAAGAAAAAGCUCCGUGUA